AUGGAUUCCUUCUCCGCUCCGCCGAGUCGACCCUCCUCCCAAUUAUCCCCACAGGAUAUCAAAGAUCAGUUGAAAAGCCAACUUGCCAUGGAGUAUGCUCAACAAUUUCUUGAGACUGUGAGAGGAAAGUGUUUUGAGAAAUGUAUCACAAAACCAAGUUCGAGCCUCAGUGGGGGUGAAAGCAGUUGUAUCUCUAGGUGUGUAGACCGAUAUAUUGAGGCCACGGGCAUAAUUAGCAAAGCGUUAUUUAGUGCUCAACAAUGA